AUGGCGAACAGGUUGAUUCGGAUGAAUCUAUUGAGACAGUUUUUUUCUAGUUUACCUCAAUGGCAAAAAAUUCCGUGUCAUGUGCCUCGCCCAGUUUUACAAGCCAGACUUUUACAUCACAAUCAACAGUUGUACAGCCAAAGUGUCAUUCCGGCACCUGAAAAUGACGUUAGUACAGAAUCGCUGGACCUUGAGCAAGCAAGCUUAGCACACCAUGAUUACUUCAAUGUCAGAAAUCUAAUCAACUUAAAACAACUUUUUACUAACCGGGUCCACUUCGGUCACAAGAAAGGUGUUCGCAAUCCUUUCAUGGUUCCAUACAUUUAUGGCAACCGUCUUGAUGUGGACAUAAUUGAUCUUGACCAGACACUUCCACUGUUUAAAGAUGCACUUAACUUUGCUGCCCACAUUGCCUAUCGUAAAGGCAUUAUCCUGUUCAUGAGUAGAAAUCAACAAAUGAUGCUUCGGAUUGAGAAAACAGCCGAAGAGUGUGGAGAAUAUGCCAACUGUCGUUAUUGGGCUGGAGGCGUCUUUACUAAUUCCAGUGUAAUGUUUGGAUCAGUUACAAGACUUCCAGAUUUGAUCAUCUUCAUCAGUACAUUGAACAAUAUAUUUGAGUCACAUACUGCAGUAAGAGAUGCUGCCAAGAUGUGUAUCCCCACCAUAGGUAUUGUGGACACUAAUGCUGACCCUCGCCUCAUUACCUACCCUAUCCCAGGCAAUGACGACUCUCCUGUUGCUAUUGAACUUUAUUUGCGUCUUUUUAAGAGGGCGAUUUUGAUUGGUAAGAACAGAAGAAAGAAAGAUGAAGAAAGUUUGGAAUAA